AUGUCGACCUUGUCACCUUACAACCUGCUUGCCUCUAGAUACAAGGCCCGAUUGAUGGUUCACUCGUUGUCAGGCCCUGACAAGGCGGAAAAUCAUUCGACCCGAAGCAACACAUGUAGCCAAGACUUGAUUGACUUCCGUUCUGCAGUCACGAAUGGUCCUCGGCCGGUUCAAUCAGCCCUGGGCACUUCCACAUCAUCGACGCCUGAUGCUAUGGACCGGCUCACUACAGAACCAAGGUCAAAUCUACUGCACGACCAAGAACGAAUAUUGUCGUAUCGUCCGGGCGGCUACCAUCCUGUAUGCUUAGGAGACACCUUCAAAAACAAGCGGUAUAAAGUUGUUCACAAACUAGGAUGGGGAGGGUUUUCUACCGUUUGGCUCGCUAGAGAUACUUUUCUCCAAACUUGGGCCGCUCUGAAGAUCGAGAAAGCCGAUACGCUCCGCCCUUUUGCCGAGCUCGUAAAUCUACAAUCGAUUCGUCAAAACUGCGCCUCUGACCAUUUUGUCCGAUUUCUGGAUUCUUUUGUUCACAAGGGGCCCAACGGAUCUCACCAAUGUGUCGUGACGGAGCUUCUCGGGCCAUCGGUCGAUCGCGUCGUCGCCGAUUACCACGCGGGAGGGGAACGAUUGGACGCCCAAGUCAUACUUCAUGUAACAAAACAGCUCCUUCAGGCCAUCUAUUCUCUUCAUGAAGCCGGUUACGCGCAUGGGGCUAUCGGAAACGCGCUUCUAGACAUCAUUGGACACCCGAAAACAGCCGCCCUAGUUCACAUCCAUGACAGCCCCAUAAGCCCCAGCAUGCCAAAGCAGUUGGUGUGUAGUGUUGGUUGGGAUGAAUGGGUCGAUGAAGACGAAGAGGGCAUUCGUUUGAUCGACUGGGGAGAAUCAUUUGAACAUGGCAGGGAGCCCUCUCGACUCGCUCAACCCGGACAACUCAAAGCCCCGAAGACCAUCUUUACCGGCCGUUUUGACCAUAGAGUCGACCGCAGCAGUGGCAGGAAGAAUGGAAACGUAUGA